GCAAUGGAAAACUGGAUAAAUGCCGCCUUAUUCUAGCGUUUUUGUUAGUGUCUACAAAUCUAGGCUACACUGUCCAAGCCGUUCUUCUAUAGAGGCUCUUCUAUUGUAACCGUACCCGUACCGCAUUGAGUAGCGGAGCGAGGCUGACGCUAGUUGCAGAAAACGUCACAGAUUUUUCGCUUUUUAAUUUUUUUUUUUUAACAUAGCGCAAUCUUGCCUCACUCUGCCGUUGGACUCCAUUCCAACCACUGAUCCAAUCACAUACCGCCUACAUCCCUGAUUUCGCCUCAUCCUAUCGCCCGCUGUUCCUCGUAUUUUUAAUAAGGAAAAAUACAAAUUUCCACAAUGGCAAGCAACGAAGUCAAACCGACGGCGAAAGAGGAUGAGAAUGCUGGAAACUGGAAAGAUUCCAUCUUCAACCCAAGGACCGGGGAGUUUUGUGGGCGCACAGCGAAGAGCUGGGGCCUCAUCCUCCUGUUCUACUUGGUGUUCUAUGCGUUCCUGGCUGGGAUGUUCGUCCUCACCAUUUGGGUCAUGCUGCUGACGCUAGACGACUAUGUGCCAAAGUACCGCGACCGGGUGCCACACCCAGGGUUGGUCAUCCGGCCAAAACAAUUGGACAUGCUGUUUAACAGAUCACAACCUCUCCAGUUCAACACGUAUGUCCAGACCUUAGAGUCUUACCUGCAACAGUACAAUGACACGGAGCAGGAGAGGAAUGAGGCGUGCACGGCGGGGGGCUACUUUGAGCAAGAGGGAGAGGUGGGCGAGCAGAGGAAGGCCUGUCAGUUCAAGAGGAGCUCUCUGAGCCUCUGCUCCGGCCUGUCCGACUCUACCUUCGGUUACGCUGAGGGGAGACCAUGUGUCCUCCUCAAAAUGAAUAGGAUCAUUGGGCUGAAGCCGCGUGGAGAUCCCUAUGUCAACUGCACGGCAAAGAGGGACAACCCCAUACAGAUGCAGUACUUCCCAAGUGAGGGACGCUUCGAUAAAAUGUAUUUCCCUUACUACGGCAACAAACUUCAUGAGAGGUAUGUGCAGCCGGUGGUUGCUGUUAAGCUGUUGCUGAACAAGGAGGACUACAACACGGAGCUGACCAUUGAAUGCCGGAUUGAGGGAUCCGACCUGCGCAACAACGACGACAGAGACAAGUUCCUGGGCCGUGUCACCUUCCGAAUCACAGUCAAAGAGUAGUAGGGAGUAGUGAGGAGGAGGCUAGUGUGGAGAAAUGUGGUUCUUACUCCUCCCGGAAGAUUCCUGGUAGAUUAAGAUGGGCCUAAUUCCAAACCAAUCCCUCCACCCUCACUCCAGAUACUAGGCGAGGGACAUUCAAAUCUGGUCUUUUUCACAUCACCUUGGUAGUUCAUUGAUUGGCCAGAUAAUCUACUUACCUGUUGUUACAGGUCAGUCUCUAGCUAGGCAGGAUGGGGAAGGAUUAAAACCAGCAGUUCUGUGAACCCUGAAUCCCAGAUUUGAAUACCCUUCUCUUGGGCUCUUGUUGACUCCAUCUUGUAUUUCUGAUAGGGUUGGAUAUGUGUAAGCAUAGCAAGAGUGCUAGAUGAAGCAAUUAUCAUAUCAUAGCUGAUGCCAAUCCAUUCCUUUCAGAUCUACAGUGCAUCACACCCAAAAAGGGCCUAGACUAGUGCCUACAAAUGUAGGAUCUUAAUUUGAUCAGUCUUUCGUUGCUGAGAAUUUAGCAGGAAAUAUUAACAAAGGUUUCUAAAGUUUGUCAUUUCCACUUUGAAAUUUCCGAUUUGAUUUGCCCUAACGAAAAACGUAUCCAGCCAUACAAAAAUUCCAUUCAUUAUAAUCCACAUAAUAAAUCACAUUUCCUGUUGCUGCAGGAUUAUCUCCCUGCUAUAGCAAACUGGCUCAAAUUAAGAUCCUACAUCUGUGAUGGUAGGGGGUGAGAGAUCGGUGUGCGAUUGGAUCAAAAGGAUAGGGUAGUGAUGUCAUCAAUUUUCAAUUUAUCUCCUGGAAAAAGCGUUAAUCGUGCCAAAUCUAAUGGAACAUCUAGUUCCCUUGUUUACUUCUAUGUUUACUCUAGUACAGGCCUGGGCAACUCCAAUCCUCGGGGGCCUGAUUGGUGGUCACACUUUUGCCCCUAGACCCAACUAACACCUCUGACUCCAAUAAUCAACUAAUCAUGAUCUUCAUUUAAAAAUGAAAUGAGUUUAAAUUAGCGAUGUUUUCUAGGGAUGGGGGGAAAGUGUAACACCUAUCAGGCCCCCGAGGACUGGAGUAGUCCACCCCUGUUUAAAAUGGCGCAUAUCUUCUCUUUCAUUAUGUCAUUCUAGCAAGAGUCUUUUCAUGACUCACCAACCUAACGGCCAUCAGACCCUUCUAUUAGUCGGCUUUUGUUGUCUGACCCAGUGCUCUAGUGUUGAUCUAGGCUCAGAUCUUAUUUUCUAUUCAGAUGGUCUAGAUUGGAGCUUAGAUGUGGUAAACUGAACCUAGAUCAGGGCUUAGUGCCAAGGGUUGGAUCAACUGUCAGUAUUUAACCAUCAGUCAUCCACUGUCAAUACAACCAUGUUUUAAGUUGACCCUCUCAUCUGAAAACAGAACAAAUCAUUAUUCCUCAACAUCACAUCACAUAGAUAGAGUCAACCCCAGUGAAAAACACUGUCGAACCCAGAUGCCCUCUACAAUUACAUGUCAUUUAGAAUCCUUUUCGUCUUGGGACCACAAUUUGAUAUUAUAAUAUUAUAAUAGGGAUCUGUAGAUAGGUGUGUGUGUGUGGUGUGGUCUGACCACAACCCAGUGGUGUGCCGUCUGUCUGUCCGGCUGCAUGUCUGUGUGUCUGUUUAUUCUACCCCUGACCUCACCACUGUAACAGCCAAUGUGGAUGAGGUGAGUUAUCCUCCCUCCCUUGCGUGCAUACACACACACACACACACACACACACACACACACACACACACACACACACACACACACACAUACACACACACACAAAAGCGAUUGGAGACCUGCGAGGAAGCGCUGUGUAAAUGCAAUUCAUUGUAUCUAUGUACUGUAUAUGCCUAUCUUUGGGUGGAAAGCGUGUCUGUUUGUCUCUUUCUCUCAGUCUACCCCUCCCUCUGUCUUUCUCAAUGUAUAUAUUUAAUGGAUUCACACAGGAUUUUUUUCUGUCACAGAACACAAUGUCUGAGCACUGUAAAGAAGAAACUAUAUAAACAAAGAUUUACAGGACAAGAUCAUAUUCAAAGCUAUGUCUAAAAUGGAAUCCUGAAGGAACAACUUGUUAUCAUCUGCAUGAUGCCGGAACAAUUGUGGAUUAAAAGGUGAUUUUGGAGGAGAAGA